CAUGGCCUCUCUCUUGUAUUUGCUGUGCGCUCUGUGCUGGACGUUCAGGCCGUGCUCCAGCGUCAGCUCGCCUGAGUGGUUCCAAAACAUCACCACAAACCUCUUCAGCUUGCCUGGAGAUGUAACUCUUGGAGGACUUUUUCCAAUUAACCAGCAAUCAAACAGCAAUGGUCUCAUUAGUGAGCCGAACAGCAUCAAGUGUGAAAGUUUGAAUGAAUAUGGACUUGGUCUCUCUCUGGUGAUGAAAUAUGCCGUGGAUGAGAUCAACGGAAAGCAGGAUCUUCUGCCAGGCAUCAAAUUAGGUUAUAAAAUGUACGACACCUGCAGACACUCUUCAAACGUUGUGAAGCCCACUAUCUCCUUCCUCACUGAGAAAACAACCAACGCUCUUUCUGUGGAGUGCAAUUACACCGACUAUGAAACCAGCAUAUCAGCCGUCAUUGGUCCUUAUACCUCGGAAAUGGUGUCAGUCAUCGGAAAGCUUCUGGGUUUCUUUCUGAUGCCUCAGAUUAGCUACGGAGCCACCAGUGACAAAUUCAGCGAUAAUCUUCUCUACCCAUCAUUCUUCCGCACGGUGCCUAGCGACAAAUGGCAAGUGGAUGCCAUGGUCCAGCUCAUGUCUGAGUUUAACUGGACCUGGGUCGCUGUGAUCGGCAGUGAGGAGGAGUAUGGACAAAGCGGUGUGCAGCAGUUCUCCAAAGUAGCAGAGAAUAAGUCUGUGUGUGUGGCCUAUCAGGGCCUGAUCCCGGUGUACACUGACCCAGGACCAGCAGUCCGAACCAUCAUCAACAACAUCAGAACAACAGAGGUCAAAGUGGUGAUCGUGUUUGCCCUCCCAGAAUCGGCUGCGUUCUUUUUUGAACAGGUCAUCCAGGAAAAUUUAACAGGUGUGUGGAUCGCCAGCUCAAGCUGGAUAAUCCACAAUCGACUAAUUUCUAUCCCCAAGAUCAAAGACAUUGGCACAAUCAUGGGGUUUGUUGACAAGUUGGAUAGUCUGGAUUUACUGAACAACUACGCAGAAGCACUUCUCAGAAAAAUAAGCGAGGAAAGGGAAAAGAAUGCUACCAUACAACCAAAGUCUCAUGAUCCUGACAAUCCAUGCCCACAGUGUUGGUACCUGUCAGCAGCUAACAUCACCCUGGUGAAUGACCUUGCAGUGAAGAGACUGGGCUUCGCAGUGUAUUCUGCCGUCUACAGCGUAGCGCAGGCACUGCAUACGUUGCUUGAGUGUGAUUCAGCUGGCUGUAACUGGGGACCAGACUCAAAAAUCUAUCCCUGGAAGCUGUUGGAGGUCCUGAGGAAUACUUCCGUUAACAUAAAUGGCACAAUUUUAGAGUUCGACGAAAAUGGUAACCCAAAUGUCGGGUACAAGUUGUUGGAGUGGACCUGGGAGACCUCAGGCAAAGUUGCCUUCAAAAAUGUGGGAAAUUACUAUCAAAACAAACUGUUCAUCAACGCAUCUCGCUUUGAAUGGCACACUGAGAACUCAACGGUUCCUCUGUCGACCUGCUCAGCGCAGUGUGCCGAUGGCCAGGUUCGCAGAGUCAAAGGCUUUCAUUCCUGCUGCUAUGACUGCAUUGACUGCUUGGCUGGCACGUUCCAGGAAAAUAAAGACGACAUCCAGUGUGCCAAGUGUCCUGAACGUCAGUGGUCCAAUGAUCGCAGUACUAACUGCACACCCCCCAUUUUUGAAAUUUUGAAAUGGGACUCAACUGAUGCCCUGAAGAUUAUACUGGCGGUUCUUGCGCUGCUUAUAUGUCAGGUGUCAGUGGCUGUCGUGUUCCUGAUCCACCGAGGAACCCCACUGGUGAAGGCCUCAGGGGGAGUCCUGACCUUCCUCGUUCUGCUCAGCUUGAUGGGAGGCUGUCUGAGUUUGUUUCUCUUCCUGGGGGAGCCUGACGAUGUGGUGUGUCGUCUUCAACUACCACUCAUCACUAUUUUCCAAACUAUAGCCCUCUCCAUUAUCUUGUCUAUCUCACUGCAGAUAUUCCUUGUGACAGAGUUCCCAAAGAAGGUUGCUCCCCACCUGCGUACGCUCCAAGGCCCUGGAAGCUGGCUGUUUGUGCUGAUCUGCUGUUCUGUUCAGGCUGGACUGUGCGGCUGGUUUGUUCAAAAAGAACCCUCUCUUACUGCGUAUAAGAACAAUAUGGAGAUCAAUUUCAUGAAGACCUUUUUGCCAUGCCCUGUGUCUCCAGAUAAACUUGCUGUCAUGCAAGGCCUCAAUGCUGCCAUGGCCCUUGUGUCAUUCAUGUCCACCUUCAUGGCAAUUAAACCUCAUCAUCAAUACAAUCUUGCCAGGGAUAUUACCUUCUCCACUCUUAUCUAUUGUGUGAUUUGGGUGAUCUUUAUUCCAGUCUAUACAGGGUUAACAGCAAAUAUACUCACUGUGUCAAAGAAUAAGUCUACUGUUCAUGUUUAUUUCACUCUGGCAGGUAACUUAGGGCUGGUGGUUGCUUAUUACUUCCCAAAAUGCUACUUGCUGUUUAAGAAUCCUGAUUCCAACACUCCAGAGUACUUCUGUACUUUCUUAGAAGGCGUCCCACCAACACCGCCCCAGGAGGAGCCACAGCCACCACCAGCCAAAUAAGCUACCAACCAACCAACCAGCCAACCAACCAACCAACCAACCAACCAGCCAACCAGCCAACCAACCAAUCAAUCUACUUCCCUACCUCUUUACCUACCUGCCAACAAUCUGCCUACCUACCUACCGACUGAACUCUAUUACCCUGUUUAUUUCACCUUAAAUGUUGCCUGUAGGUUCAUCUGCAGAGUUCAGCAUGUGAGUUACACUUAUGAAAAACUCCUCUUUCCAAAUGCCUAAUGAUGGAAGAAGUGCAUGUUCUGACAAUCUCAGUGGAAAAAAAAAGGUAUGAUGGUGCAACCAGCAGUGGUCUUAUUUAUUCACUAUUAGAAACUGAGCUCUGCUAAACAUUAAUAGUGCAAAUUUUCACAAAGGCUUCACUUUUAUGAGAGAAUACCUCCGGAAUUGCAUGAUAGAGAGGAUGUAAUAGCUUGUCUGUAGUCCUGACCUCAACCCCAUAAAAUCAAUAAAAUUAAGAAAAUAAUGGACAACUCUGACUGACCAUCCUCUUCAUGAGACUGUUUGGGAAAACAGAGUGUCUUCAGACAAAGGCUUCUUCAAAUUUGCUGUAACAGAGACUGUUACAAAAUCUCUUUCCUGCCAAUACCAACACUAUUUUCAAUAACUCUUUGAAGAAUUUGAAUUAAUAUGAGUUACAGCCCACUAAUAUGUUUUUCUUUCAGAUGUUAAAUUAUUAUAAUAAUACAUUUCAACAUUGUAACAUAUUUAGGUAAAAGGGAUUUUGAGAAAUAGAAACUCAAUUUUCCUUUCUUUCUGUGCUUUCUUUAUAAUGUAUGAACUAUACACAUGCUCCUUUUUGUUGUUUUUGUGCAAUAGUUACAUUAUGUACUUCAGACUGAUUUUGUAAGGUAGUUAUUUUCUAAGA